AUGUAUAUUAUACAGGGUGUUACAAGGAGUCAUUUCUAUGGAUAUGGCCUUCCAACUUUAUCUUGGAAACAAAGCUUGAAUGUUUGCAUUGAAGCUUCAAGAGGACGCCAUUUUCUUCAUACUUCCUAUGUUACACCUGUCAUUCACCACGAUGUGAAAUCCGUUAAUAUUUUAUUGGACGGUAAUCUCAAUGCCAUAGUAGUAUAUUUUGGAAUAUCAAGAAUCGGUCCCAAUGAGGAUCAAACUCGUGUCAGUACUGUCGUCAAGGAUACUGUUGGAUACCGCGAUUCCAGGUACUCUAUGAGAGAGAAAUUUAUGGAAAAAUCUGAUGUUAAUUCAUUUGGAGUUGUCCUGAUUGAAAAGCUCUAUGUCAGUCCUGUCAUUGAUCCAAUACUUCUUAGUGAUGAGAUCAAUUGUUGA